GCUGUUAGAAUAAAGGAAAGGAUUUCCAUUAUUUUCAGUCUCUAAUGUCUAAUUAACCAUGUUAUAAAAGGCUGAUAGAGAAAAUGUCACUUGUAAGGCAGUCAGUUAAAUUUAAUUACUUUCAGUGUGUAGGCAUUGCCAGAUGUAGCUCAAAUAAAGUCCAGGAAGUGCUGCUGCUCUUUAAUUUACCAAGAUUUACUUCCUUAAAGCUUUCAGAUGUGAAAAAAAAAUGCUAUUUUAAAUUCAGAUUUCCAAGUAAUCAUCUUCAGGUUAGUAUCUGUGGACAGUGAACUGUUUUACCUAAGAACACUGUCAGCAAUAGAAGUUUAAAGAGUGACAAAAAGCAAAAGUUGGCAUAUUCAAAACAUUAACUGUACUUAAUUAACUGGAGUGUCACUCCAUGAACUCUGGCGUCAUUUAUCCCACGGCUAGGUUUAUACUGAGCGUUAAAAGCAACUUCACUGCUUAUACUCAGAAACUGGAACAAUGUUGUCUGAAAGCGAACACUGUCUGUACAUCACUAUGGUGUUAGCCAAAGUUCCUUCAUGUCCUUGGCAGCCCUUGUGUGUUAUUUGAACAAUGUACAAUUUUUUAUUAUUAAACCAAAACAACCAAAACAAAAACAAACAAAAAACGAAACAAAAAACAAACAAACAAAAAAACCUGGCUGGACUGCCCUACACAUUGAGGGGAAAACGGGUUCUUGCAGCGCUAAACUCUUCACUGCAUUGAAGAAAGAAGACGUCUUUGCUCCACGUUUGCCUAGGGCUGGAGAGAAGAGUUACGGCGUAUUUCUCGAGCAUCUCCAUGGGCCCGUAGCUGCCUUCAUCGGGACCGUGGCUCCCUCCAGGCGCCGUUCGCCUCUGCAUGCCGGAGCCGGGGAGCAGCGCAGGGCACGGGGGGAUGAGUCAUCACUUCUUUGCCACUCGCGAAGCAGCUCCAGCUCUAAGCCAGGGGGAAGAUCUGAUUCUGCUAAGCAGCCUCUAAAGAAACCAAAGUUACCGGUGGGGAGGUUUGAUGAACCAGAAGAGUCCAGCAUGGAGAAGGAGCCCCUGGAAAAAUUCCCUGAUGGAAUCAAUCCUACUACAAAAGAGAGAGGUGGACCAAGAGGCCCUGAACCUACACGUUUUGGAGACUGGGAAAGAAAAGGACGUUGUAUAGAUUUCUAAUAUUUAAAUGUCUGUAUUGCUAAUAAAAUAUUUCUAGUUCCUGAAAAAUAUAAUGUAUGGAAAAAAUCUCACCUGGAUUUGUCAUGGAGCUUAUUGUUUCUGUUGUGUCACCACAUUCUGUCAUGUGAUGAAUUUUCUUAAUAGUGCAAUGUAUUUAAACACAGUGCUGCAGCUCAGAUUAUGGAGCUGUUAGUGGCUCAACGUCUACCUGACCUUUAAUACUAUUUACACUGUGCAAGUAUAAAUGCAGGUAUAGUGGUGUGAAAUUGGUAGUCAGGAGGUUAUUGAGAUCUAUAAGGGCUUGUAUUUCUUCAUUAAUGUAAAGAUAUAUGUGAUGUUGUAAAAGUGUUGAAAGAACUUUGCAUUUCAUGAGCCUAGACACCAUUCAUCAAAGGUAGAACCAACUCUGAGAUCAGUAGGUCACUGAUUUCACACAGUGAAUUUCCCUGGUGAAAGUGAUUUCAUCAGUGAAUUCAUACACUGAUUUCCCUGGUGAAAGCCCCUUUACUCAAGAGCCUUCCCUCUGUCCCUGUUGCAGUGGGUUGGGUGUUUUUUCCUGUUCGUAGGGAAGGGACAGUCUUGUCUCUGAGGACUGUAAGUAGCAUAAUAGAAAUUGAGACAUUUUGGAGAGGGUCAGCUCUUGAUUGCAAGUAGUGUAGAGGUGCUCUGUUUGCAAGUCUAGAACACUGUCCUUUAUCACCUGUCUUCUUCAUGCUGCUUAUAUUAUCUUUUAUUUUCUAAGUGGAGGUGCCCUUUUGCACCAAUGCUGCUUGGGAAAAAUACAGCAUUAGUGUCUGAAACCUUAUGGACAAAGAGGACAAAUUCCAUUAGGUGAUCUAAUAUUGCAGGUCUUAAAACUAAGUUAUCUGGCAUCAAACUAAGUAUCUUUCAGUCAGACUGAGCUCGGUUCUUGAUUCAAGAAUUUGCCUAGUCUUAAGUACAGUAGUAGAGUAAUAGUAGAAUGCAAAUCUCCCACUUGCGUGGGUGCUUACUAAUGAGAGUAAGUUGUUGUUAUUGAAAUGUGAACAUGUGCUCUAUUUCUGUGCAAGUUCUUUUUGAUAACCUGAACAAAUAAAUCUUCUCUAGUCACAGAAUCAGAGAAGGGUGUGAGCUUUGAUUUGCAUGGUUUAAUGCAAAGUGUGCAUUAAAGUGUGUUGGUCCUGUCACAAAUCUGAGCAGCCUCCCCUAAAGCUCACUUGACUGGCAGUGCAGGAGCUCCUCGUUGAAACGGACAGUUUGUGUAACCAGUGUGUAAUGUUAGAGACAUAGUCUUGCUCUAGUUGUGAGUUUGGAUGUUUGUCUCACUGUGAUGAUUCCCUACAAAAAUACUGAACCUAUUCAGUUACAGGUUUAUCAACCAAAUACCUCACUGACAAGAAAAAUCAGAUUAAUGAAAGCCUGUUUCUCAUAAAAGGUGUUAAUUAGUGAUAAUUAGAUUUUGAACCUUUAAAUUCUGCAGCAUGGCUUGGAUAUUGGAAAAUUAGUUUGUAUUUGUAUCUGUUUCAUUCUGGUUUCCCUUCUGUAUAGUGACAGAUCUUUUCAAAAUCUAUUGACAUUUUCAGUUACCUAAAGAUAGGCUGGGUUAGCUGUCUUUAAUUUGUUAAUUACUUCUAGUAAUGUUUUGCCUUUUCAGUUGCUGGUGUGUUGGAAAAUACUUUGUCACACAAUACACCACCUUUCCAAAUAGGAAGUGGAAAUUUUAGUUGGAAGCUUCUGCCUUUUCUGCAUCAUUAUUAAUAGGCUUAACAUCUUAAUUCACAAAGAAGCAGUGAAAUACUGCAGUUAUUUUAUUUUUUAAUUCUAAAUCUUCUCCAUGAAUUGUUGCAUUACAUCAUUAUCUUCUCAUACCAGGUUUUACCCUUCCCACCACACACUCCAUGAUGUUUACCCAGUUGCACUUCUUGGCAUUCCUGAUUUUCAAAUCUAAUUACUUUCCUCAGUGCUGACUGCAGGUGCAUUCCACACCGGAUGCAGACUUACCCUGUUUUGAUUUAGCAUAUGAAGAACUGGUCUCACGCUUCCAUCAUUUUCCUUACAUUUCAGUUGCUUAUCUUCAGUCUCCCUCAGCUUUGUGAUUAAGGGCUGACCCAAGUGCUGUCCAGGCCCCUGCUUGCUUUCUUUCAUGCAGGUGAUGACUGCUGCUGUCAGAGCCACAGGCAGGCAGCGCUUCCUGUCACAGCUCAGGCAGGUCCUAGACACUCCAUGCCAGUAUCCAUGACAUACCUGGAUUUUGAAGAUAAUUUUGAGAGUGCUAGCAUCUGUACCAAUAGGACAGAGUGUCUCAUAAAAGCAGGGAUUUUGCUUUCCUUCAAAAAACAGAAUCACAGAAUAAUUUAGGUUGAAAUAGACCUCUAAGAACAUCAUGUCCAACCACUGCCAAGUCUGCCACUGUCAUGUUCUUGAGUGCCACAUUUACACAUCUUUUAAAUACUUCCAGGAAUGGUGAUUCAACUGCUUCCCUGGGCAGUCUGUUUUAAGCUUGACAGCCCUUUCAUUGAAGAUUUUUUUUCCUAAAAUAAAAAGGCUGUUUUUAACCCGUGUUAUAAAUAGCUGAGAAGGAAUUGGUGCAUGGGAAAUAGAGGAUACCCAUUCAGUCUUGAGCAACUUCAAGCUUUUUAUACCACCUCCCAGGCUGGUGCCAGUAACCAAAUAUUUGCUUAACUUGUUUAUGGAAUGUGUCAGUAAGACAUAGGAAACUGAACAUAUAAGCAAAAUAAUAUGUAAGAGUCAAAGAGUGAAUGCCAAGGAGCCCUCUUACGUUGCCUGGCAAUCUGGCAUUUACAAAAAAAGAGGAGCCCUGGGCUCCAGUAACAGUUAAGAACAAAAUCCCAUGGUGCUGCAAAAUCUCUAGUGGUACCUGUCAAAAGUGAUCAGGGAUUGAAUGUAAUAAAUGAUACAAUGAUAUUGUGGGGUAUCAACAAUCAUUUCUCUUUGUUUUCUUGCAGUGCCAGCAGUUAGGAAAGCAGCACUUCAGCACUUUUUCAGAGCUGUCUUCCUGCUCUUGCCAGAUAAUUACUGUUAGCAAUUCACUGGAAUUUAGCAUUAGGGUAAGAAAAUGGCUUGGGGCAUUAACUAUUAGAUUAGCCAUAGAUACGGUUUUAUCAUAAAUACUGAUUGAUUUUUUUUAGCUCUUUUUGUUAGUAUAAACAGUGAAGAGCAGCAGGGUUUGUAUCCUAACAUUCUGUGAGGCAAAGGAAAAUUGUUCUCUGUGUGUAAGCAAAUUCUUGCAGUACUGCAGGAUGCUUCCUGCUCUGUUUCGUUUUCAUUAAUAAAAAUCUGUAUGUUGUGUUUCUGCAGUAGGUUUUCUCUUUUAAACUUGUUUCUGCAACUUGGCAUAGAUGCAUUUGGUACAUUAUUAAAAUUAUGAAGCCUUUAUUGUUCGAAGGAAUUGCACAGUAAUUACUUUAUUGCAAAAUACAUUAAGUUUCAAUUUACAGUUAAAGAAAAUAUUUGCUAUAUAUUGUCUUGUUUAGAAAGUAUGUAUUUCAGUGUUGAUUUUAUUAAAUUGAAACACAGGAUACAUAAUAGAAUCACAGUAACAUUGCCUGUGAUGGUAGCAUAUGUUUGUAAAGCACCAUAGAAUGUUGUUAUAAAUCUUUACUGCAUUUUCAGUUGACUGCAAUAAAUGAUGACAAAUUCC